GAGAGGGAGAGAAAGAUAGAAUAGAUAAAUAAAGUCUGAGAGAGAGGGACCAGCAGAGAAGAUGUGAUGUUUUGGAUUGUGAGUAUUCUCCUUUCUCUUUCUCCUGGAUCCUAACAAACCACAACCCAUAAAAGGUUUGCUUGUCAGUGAUAAGUUAUUCAGUCAGUGACAGGGAAAAAAACUGACCCCCAUUUAUUAAAUGGUGUAUAGGAAGAGACACUACACUCAGUCACUGCUAUCUUACUCUUUGAUGUUCCACAUAAAAAAUUAAACCUGAUAUGAUAAUGAUCACCUGCCAUGGGACUGACUAGAUAUGUUUCAGUCUCAAUAAUAAUGAUAAUAAAUAAUAAUAGAUUUUAUUUAUAUAGCACACUUUAAAAUACAAAGAAGUCUCAAGGUUCUUCACAGGGUAAAACAAUAUAUCACAGUAAUAGCAAAAAAAAAGUAUUAAAAACGCUAAAGUAAAAAAAAAAGAAAAAAAUAAGUGACCUAUCCCUUUAACCAGUUCUCCCGGCCCCUUUUAAAUAUGCAAAGCUCUUCCCCUACAGUUAGUGACCACUUGGUACGGUCCAUAAAACCCUAACCUGCCUCAUUGUGGUCGGGAUUGGGAUUGUGCACAAGCAGUUUAUUCAGGAGGAGGUGCCGGCCCUGCCGCAGUGACAAGAAAAUCCAGGCAGCCCACUAACAACUUUCCUGCAGGUCACAGAGAGAGACUGAGAGAUAAAGAAAGGGAGAGAGAGAGACACACACACAGACAAAUAGAUAGGUAGAUAGACAUACCUAGAGAGAGAUAGAGAGAGAAAAAAGAAAGAUAGAGGCAGGGUAGAGAAAGAGUAAGAGAGAGUGGCUGAGAGAAAGAGAGAGAGACAACGAGAAAGGAUUAAGUUUCGGUGAAUCCCAUCUCUGUUGUUACUGAGUUGAGGAGCCCACUGACUCUGCCAGCUGUCCCAUCAGACCCUCGUACCUCUCGCACCUCUCCUUCUCUCGCAUCACUCCUUCUUCUCCGGAGCUGCUGGGAUCAUCAUGUCUGCCUCUGCCGCCAACCUUCAGCACAAGCGACAACCAUCGGACACGGAGCAUGCUCAGAGGGUAUCUGAGAUGGACGGUUCCCAGCAGAUGAAGCUGAGAGAGAGGCAGCGUUUCUUCUUUGAGGAGGUCUUUCAGCACGACGUGGAUGUUUACCGGUCCUCCUCACACCUGCAGAUAGACUACAAGAGACCCCCCAUCGGCAGCAUCUCAUCCAUGGAGGUGAACGUGGACAUGCUGGAGCAGCUGGAGCUCCUGGACCUCUCUGAUCAGGACGCCCUGGACGUGUUCUUCAGCGCCGCAGGAGAUGAUGGGGUGCUGGCCUCUUCCCUGCCAGGUCAAGAGGAGGAGGAGGAGGAGGAGGAGCCAGGUGAGGAUGGAUUCACUCUGCAUGUUCCAAACAGCUCUUCAGUCAAGUCCCGGAUUUCCUCCACAUCCUCUGCCGCAUCCUACGACAGUCAGGGGACCAAUGGGGAAGGAGCAGAAACGCCCACCAUCCAAUCAGAAGACGAGGAGGGCCACAGUGACAACCUGUUGCUAACACCAACAGGCAUGGAUGAAAAGAAGGCCCCACCCUUCUUCUCUCCCUGAACGUUUUGAUUGGACAGAAUGAGAAAAGCCUAGUUUAACUGGUGAAAGACUCCAGCUGAAGUGGGCAGAAUAUUCUAGACCACUCACAAACUGCCAAAGACUUUCAUGGACAAACUGAAAAGAUGUUGGUACACCUCCAUUCACUUACUUCACCAAUUUGAAUUUCUGCACUACCUAAGAUUGAGUUUUUGACAUGAUACCAUUACCUAGACAUGACUAUGUAACUGCAUGCUUGAGCUAGUCAUUUGGUUUUCCGUUUUUGCCAUUUAUUGUAAAGGUCUGCUAAAAUAUGUCAUUUUCAAUACACCUCUCCAUGUACUUACUGAGAAGCUGUAGAUAUCAGAUAUAUGUUGGCAAUAGCAAGUUUCACUGACAGGUGAAAAUACAGAACCCUUUGCCUUUGUGCUUAACCAACAAAAAACAAGCAUUUGUAGAUAUUUUGGAGGUCAGAUGAAAUCCAGCUCAUCACUUUGUGAUUUAGUGGAAUCAUCUAGGUGAGGAUUCUUAAGGGUCAGGUUAAUCAAGAAGACUCUCUUCCAAGGGCUUCCAGACAUCUGGCUGAAGUCAGAUAGGGUGUGUCGGAGUAAUUAUUUCUACUGCUCUGUGGUGUGUGUAUUCUGACAGAGAAUUACAUAUUUGAAUUAUAGCCUACAUGCGUGACUGGCCAGUGUCUGGUUGAAUGGUAUUCUGGCAAUCUCAAGAAUGAGUGGUAUGUCGUCUACGCUCAAUGUGAUCUUUAUAGACAAUGGGCUUGUGAAACUGGUUUUGUUUUAUGGUUAUAACCUAUUACCAGUUUGUCAGCAGGAUUACAGAACAACUACCAGCCCGAUUUGCUGACGCCAUUACACUAUUGCUCUUCUUAAUUUUUUUAAUCAAAAUGUUCAUUGUUUCGCACUUUUUUGGCGUCGGUUCUGCUCCUGGCACUUUUGAGAUCUCAAUACCACUCCAACUCUGACACGUUCGUCCUGAUCCUGUGCAGUGAGUGCUCUUGCAAAAAUGAUUGCACUGCCCCCAGUUGUUCUUUCGUUAUUGUCAUUUUUUAAUCCCUCUUUUUUCCCAUUGAAAUGAAUGAUGGAAUGUUCGCCUAUUGUGACAUCACUCACUCUGCAAGCUGUACUAGAUAGACAGAUGGUCGCUUUGUAUAAUAUAAACUUUCAUUACAACCAUGACAUUACGUUUACACAACUGAGUUAUCAGCUGUCCUGUGGAUUCAUUAAAGCCUAUAUUUCAGUGGA